AUGCCGGAACGGACGGGCAGUGCCUGAAAAAAUCAAUUAACUUCACUGCUUCUUAUAAUGAAUGGAAACUUUGUGUGGACAUCUUUCGACUUUCGUCCCUCCUCCUCUGAUGAACGCUGCAGACUUUGACCCGUUAACGUUGGCCAUAGCGCCACCGCCAAACGAAACUCCUACAGAGCGUGCAGACAGGGAGCUCGCUGAGGCAGAGGCUUUGAGGAUUAGCAAUGAGAUAGACGAGCAGCUCAGAAAAGAAAGAGAGAAUGAAAAGAAGAAGAAGCGGCCAGUGAAAUUAUUGCUAUUAGGACAAAGUGAAAGUGGAAAAACGGCUACUUUAAAGAACUUCCAGCUGACUUACGCAAAACGAGAAUGGAUAGCUGAACGAAACAAUUGGCGAGCAGUCAUCUUCCUCAACCUCGUCAGAAAUGUGAACAAUAUUCUGGACAUUCUCAAUCGAGAAAUGGCCGCGGCCUCUUUACCUUCCCCUGAUUACAUCGGAAGCAGUGACGAAUCUUCUGAGGACAUCAAUUCUUCCUCGAGGCCUCGGCUCAAAUUUAAAGAGAAACAUCGACUACUAAAACUCCGGUUGGGCCCUCUGCGACGGAUACAGACUGAUCUUGAGCGUCGCUUUGGUGCAACUGCUCUGGAGCCCCAGUCAACUUCAAUCACAACUGCCGCACCUUUCGGUAGUGAAGAAUCACAGUCAAGUCGCCAGUCAUCGAAAGAGUUCUCUAUCAACUCCAGUAACGGAUGGAAAUCAGCUUUUGAGAAGAUCCGAGCAAUGAGGGCGGCCGCACGCGCUGAUGGAGAUGCUCAUGCUCUGCGACGACUGCAAGAAACAGACGAUGAAAUUGCCGAAGUUAUUGCGGGCUGCCGUGAUGAUGUGAAGGCCAUCUGGGAAGAUCCAACCGUGCGAGAAAUGCUGAGUCGAGGCAAGACACGCGUGGAGGACUCCGCUGGAUUUUUCCUCAACGACGUGGACCGUAUAGCUGUUAGCAAUUACGAGCCAACAGAUGAUGAUGUUAUUCGAGCCCGGCUACGAACUUUGGGAGUUCAAGAAUACAGGUUCAUUUUCGAACAUGGUCGCACUGCUGGACAGGAGUGGAGAUUGUAUGAUGUUGGUGGCACUCGUAGCAGCCGCGCCGCAUGGUGGCCUUAUUUCGACGAUGUAAACGCCAUCAUCUUUCUUGCUCCCAUAUCUUGUUUCGAUGAAAAGCUCGCAGAAGAUCGCCGGGUGAACCGUCUUGAAGAUAGCUUCUUGUUAUGGCGAUCAGUCUGCGAUUGUAAAUUGCUCUCAAGGACGCAGCUAAUAUUAUUCCUCAACAAAUGUGAUCUCCUGCAGGCAAAAUUACAGCGUGGAGUAAGGAUACGAGACUCUGUACCUAGUUUCGGGGAUCGACGGAACGAUAUCUCAACUGCUACCAGAUACUUUCAGCAGCAUUUCAAGGAGAUACUGAAGCAAUAUUCACCUGUACAGCGCUCCUUUUUCGUUCAUUUGACAUCGGUCAUUGACACCCGUUCCACUGCUGUUACCUUAGGAGCAGUUGAAGAAUCUAUUCUCAGAGAUCAUCUGCGUCGCGCGGAUUUAAUGCCCUAGGCCGUCAUAUCUAUACAUCCAUAGUGUAUCUAAUUGUUCAUAUAUCGUUGUAUUGUUAUUCUUCAAUAAUUUAUACCAGCUUCACUUCUUUGAUAUUUUAGUUAUUCCUUGCUGGCUUUGUACCGUAUUGCACUUGUCAUAUGGAAUAAUCCCAAUGUAUAUGAUGUUGAUAGAAAUUCGACUCGGUCAUACCACUGUAACCUCACUGGCUCUCACUGGCACCAAAAGAAAAGGAUAUGGAUGGAAAAUGCAUGAGGUGAUUUUGAGACUGUACUUGGUAUGCGAGUUGUGCGUCUGGCUCCUUAAAAUGGUGCCUUCGUCAACAAGACUCCGGAGUCAACA